UAAAAGUACAUAAUUGCAGUCAGAGCAGUACAGUGCGGGACCAGACACGACUUGUAUCAGACUUAAAGUUUUGAAUUUCGUUACUCAUCGGCCAACAUGAUCACCCGUCAUCGAGUUUUUCUAUUUCAUAUUCUAUGCUGCGUUGCGGCAAUUCAUGGCAUUUUAUUAGACACAAAUGAUGCCGAAACUUGCGAUCUGUUGUGUGUACAAUGUAACGCCUCCGCGGUAUUUGAGAACGGCCAUUGUGAUUGCAAUUUCGCUGACAGUGACAAAGUCUCAGGUGCAGAAUGCAUACAGCGCAUACAAAAAGAAGUGGAAGCCGUCGAACUAAAUAUGCUUUCCGAGGAUCUGACAGAUGAGGAGCGAGAUGUGCGUUCUGUUUCAAAAUACCGGCGUCGUCUCAGACCGGGAGAUGCCGAGAAAGUGGCACAGUAUUUUAUCAAUGGAGGACCAGCGACUGGUCACUCCCAUUUUGUCAGAGCGUUCAGUGCGGCUGGCGAUAGCGCCGGGUCUGCGAUAAAUUCGUUUUCGGGCGUGGUUGACGAAAGUAACCCCGAAGGCGGGUUUCACGACGCGCCAUUAACCAGUCCUGUUUCUUCGAAUACAUGCGACACUCCGUUGUAUAUGGUAUCAGAAUCCGAGUCGCACGCGAGACAUAUGCAGGGCGCAGAGACGUAUCCUCCGAUUUUAAGGGCAAUGAAUCCAGCUCUCACCUAUCCGACAAGCGGUUUGUACGACCCGAUGAGUCCGUUGGUUUCACUUAUUCACCCACAGCCUCUUCACCCUUUGAUCAGAGCGGCCACACUUCCAACGCAUAUUUUACACCGUAUAUUACACCCUCGUGUGUACCAUCCUGUAUACCAUCACGGUAUCGUCAGAAGCCCUGAAUUCCAACCGGAUACAUCGGAUACAGCCAGUGUUGGUCAACCGUAUAAAAAUGAUGAUGAUUUUACUACUUCCAACCUUCCUAUCGCCAAUGCAAAUAAACUUGUUGAGAAACAUGUCGAAGGAACUCUACCACAAUACGUCGCAUCCCCACCGUGGUACUCGCCAAUGCAAAAUCAGCUUUUCCCAUAUCCGUGCAAUUGUCCAUUCGAAAGUCCUGCGCUGACUACAAGCUCUCCUGUAAAUCCCUAUAUUGUACAACUUGUGCCGUUCUCGCAAGAUAUAUGGGAUCCGUUUUUCAUGUCCAAUUCACAAUCUUCUUAUAAGAAUAAUGUAAAUACUGAACAGAAAAGUAGAGCUUUAACUACUGACAAAGCUGUACAAUUCAAGGAGGAAGUAGAAAAAUCUGACGAUAAAACUAGAGAUAAUACUCCUGAAGAGAAAACAACCGAAAAAAAUAGAGCUGAUAAAUUAUAAAUAUACUACAAAAUUCUUAGAAUAGAAUUACCUUUUUAAAAAAGUAAAAAACGUCAAAUACACACGCCUCACGCUGUACAAACUCUUUUACAUAACGUGUAGUGUUUUAAUAUAUAUCUCAUACAAAAGAUUUUAUAUAAAAAACUAGCAUAAUUUGUAAUUGUCGAUAAAAUCAAAUAUAAUUAUUGUAU